AUGUCUCUCUUAUAUUUCAAUUUUUUUCCUUUCCAUCCACGUCACAAAUUAUUUUUUCUUUUUGAUUUAAUAUUUCAUUUCUUUCUUUCUUUCUUUCUUUCUUUCUUUCUUUCUUUCUUUCUUUCUUUCUUUCGUUCGUUCGUUCUUUCUUUGUCCUCGUAUCCUUUUCUCCUCGUUUAUUCGCAGCUUUUUCUUUCUUUCUUUCUUUCUUUCUUUUUCUUUUCUUCCUUUCUGUUCAUCAGUAUCUCUUUUUGUUUUUGCAUUAUUCUAUAUUUAUUUAUUUUUAUUCUUUCGUUCCUUUUUCUCUUAAUAUUUCUUCUUUUUCCACGGAUUACGUACCUUUUUUCCUACCUUUAUCUUCAAAGCUUUUCUUUCUUUCUUUCUUUCUUUCUUUCUUUCACUCUCUCUUCUGACAUUUUCUUUCUUUCUUCCAACACUUUCUUUCUUUCUUUCUUUCUUUCUUUCUUUCAGCCAUUUGUUUAUUCAUUUUUAUCAAUCUGGAUUUUUUCUUUCUUUCUUUGUUAUUGUCAUUCGUGUAUUCAUUUCUUUUCAAGCUGGAAACAUUCCUUCCUUCCUUCCUUCCUUCCUUCCUUCCUUCCUUCCUUCCUUCCUUCCUUCCUUCCUUCUUUCUUUCUUUCUUUCUUUCUUUCUUUCAUUUCUUCAGUAUCUCUUUUUUUUCAUUCCUCUAUAUUUAUUUGUUUUUAUUCUUCCGUUUCUUUCUCUCUUAUUCUUUCUUCUUUUUUUUUCAGUGACUACUUUUCCCUUACCGUUAUCUUCAAAGCUUUUCUUUUUCCUUCCUUCCUUCCUUCCUUCCUUCCUUCCUUCCUUCCUUCCUUCCUUCCUUCCUUCCUUCCUUCCUUUUUUCUUUCGUUCUUUUUCCUUAUUUCUUUUUAUUUUGCUAUCCUUUUUAUAUUCCUGUGUAUCAUUUACUUUAUCCCUUUGUCUCCUAUUUGUGUCUUUGUUUUAUUUUUUCUCUUUUUCUUUCUCUACGUCAUAUUUCUUUUCCCACUCUUCCAUCUUCUUAUCUUUCAUUCAUUCUUUCUCUGA